AUAUUGUGGGAAUUUAGUAAAGAGCGCCUCUUGCAAGUUCCUUGACGAUUGUAAUGAUACACAGGGGAAGGAAUGUUUGCAAUUCCACAACGUUACAAUCGCUAGAUGACAAUCUUCCAUAGCCGGAUCGCCGAGCCUUCAAAUUCAAUGACAAGACACGGGGAUUUGGAAUGCUGGCCGGAACGAAGCGUGUACGAUCGUAAAGGCUCCUCGACUUGGACAGAAAUGAAAUGAUCUGGACUCUAAACUGACCCCGGGCCAACGAGGCAGAUUGUGCAAGCUUCCAGAAAGUUCUGGAGCGCGAUAACGGCGACUUCCCCGCUCAAUUUUGACGAUUUAAACUUUUGACAUGGACAUGGCUGUCCGUGCAGUCGAACGUUCCUCCGUUACGGAUUCAGUGGCUUGUGUAACGGGGGCUCGAAUGCAUGCAUGCAUGCGUGGCAUGUCACUCGUCGGUUUACCUGCCGGGUACGAGGUCUCAACCCGUAGUUGAUCUGGAGGGCCGGCAACAGGACAGUAAAAAGACGGGCUCGUUGCGAACUCCGAUCAGGCUUCGAAAGCAAUGUCCAAAGCAGCCCGAAUGCUUCGGGGAGAAACCGCCACGUUGGAUCCAGGCAGCAAGUGGCCAAAAUUGGGAUUCGGAAUCAGGCUUCGUGGAGCUGACGUAGCCAAGAUUUGCAGACACAAGAAGACGGAAAGGUUCAGUUGGCCUGAGCUUCGCACAAACUUCGACGGCUUGUUUCUGUUUCGUGCAGAGCUUGAAGGGAGCAACCGUUUGGAUUGUAGGCAAGCUCGAAAACUGCGAGGCUCGUCUCUUCCCCACAGUCAUUGAGACUAGGAGAUGCUCACACUGAGAGCCAAAUGUGAUCGGGUUCGAUAUUAGUUCAGAGGUCUGGACACGGGGAUGGACGAGUGAUCCUGGUGGCAGAGUACGCAUUGUUCCGUCCGUGUUCGAGGCCGGAGGGGGAUUUCCAUGGCUGGAUUAUUCGGUCUGCAGAUUUUACACAGUUGAAGGGAAUUUCGCCUGUGUCAGUCACUAGCAUUUGAGCUCCCAGAGUCAGAAGUGGGACUCUGCGCUGGCGAGAAUGGUCAGUCAUGGUGCGGCAACCGCUGCCACAAGAACAGCAGGGCUACUCGUACUCGUGGUGAUAAGAAGUGUGGUAGCGGGCAAGUACAACACCGGAGCGGAGCCCGUGACAGGAAAGCUGAACGUGCACUUCGUGGCACACAGCCACGACGACGUUGGAUGGCUCAAGACAGUUGAUCAAUACUAUGAAGCAUCUGUGAGGGACAUCCUCACGACAGUAACGACAGAGCUGGAAGCUAAUUCCGAUCGAAUUUAUAAUCAAGUUGAGACGGCAUUCUUUGCACGCUGGUGGAGGGAACAAUCGGAAGAUAAAAAAGCCAGAGUGAAGAAACUCAUUGCAGAUGGCCAGCUUGACUUCAUCAAUGGCGGGUGGUGUAUGCAUGAUGAAGCAGCCACGCACUACCUCGAUAUGAUUGAUCAGACGACAUUUGGGCACCUGUACUUGAAGCGAGAGCUCGGGGUCAUCCCCAAGCAUGGCUGGCAGAUAGAUCCGUUUGGACAUUCCGCCGUUCAAGCAUACCUUCUCGGAGCCGAGCUUGGGUUCGAGAGCAUGUAUGCUGCACGAAUAGACUACCAGGAGAAGAAAGUGAGACAUGCGGACAAGACCCUGGAGAUGAUAUGGCGAGCUUCAGACACAUUGGGGUCAACUGCAGACAUAUUUUAUGGAGUAUUCCCCGUGCAUUACAGCCCGCCCGACACUUUUGAUCUUGAGCCAAGAGAUCAGGACUAUUUUCCUGUUCAGGAUGACGAAAGCAUUGAAGGAUACAACGUCGAUGAACGUGUUGAUGAACUGGUUCAAGCCGCCACAACGCAGGCUGCAUUAACUCGUACAGAGCACAUCAUGUGGACCAUGGGGAAUGAUUUCACGUAUCAAAAUGCAGUCACUUGGUUUGAAAAUAUGGACAAACUCAUUCACUAUGCCAACCUGGAUGGCCGUGUCAAUGUCUUUUACUCGAAUCCAUCAAAAUAUCUCGAAGCUAAGAUGGCGGCAAACCAAUCAUGGCCUAUGAAGACCGGUGACUUUUUCCCCUACGCAGAUUCUGCUCUUACUUUUUGGACUGGGUACUUCACCAGUAGAGCUGCACUGAAAGGCUACGUCAGGAAACUGAGCGGAUUCCUUCAAGCUGCGAAACAGCUUGAAUUCUGUGUGGGCAGAUCCGCAACACAUUCAACCGAUUUGUUGCAAGACGCCAUGGCAACUGUGCAACAUCAUGAUGGAGUAAGCGGCACGGCGAAGCAGCACGUAACAGAUGAUUACAUAAGAAGACUUUUUCAAGGAGCAGUAGCGGCAGAAGCUGUAGUCAACUCAGCAUUAGGCUGUUUGAGUAGUGGCGCUGAUUGCAAAAGCAACAGCAGGGAUGCUACGAUUAAGCAGUGCCCAUUCCUGAACAUCACGUACUGUGCGGCUUCUGAAGCACCGCUACAUGCCCAAAAACUGGUGGUGGUUGCUUAUAACCCCCUUGCAUGGGCACGAACUGAGUAUGUUCGCCUCGUGGUUACCCAUACUAGAUUGGCAGUGCUAGAUUCUUCUGGCAAGGAAAUUGUUUCUCAAAUCAUACCAGUUACUGUUGUCGAGAGAAAAGUCAGAAGUUUCUAUGUUGAGGCGGAGUUGGGAAUCAAGACCAGCGAUAGAGAUCUUUAUUGGCUUGUGUUUGAAGCAUCAGUACCUCCUCUUGGCUAUACCUCGUAUGUUGUCCAGCCUUCAGAAGAGGGAGCGGCGGAAAUCUCCAAACCUGAGAUCUUGGAACUGGAGAAAUCAGGGUUGAAACCCAAGGCAGUAAAGGCUGGAGGCGAGAAUAUGAACCUACUCUUCUCUUCAGAAAGCGGCAGGCUCUUGGAAAUGGUGCAUCUGAAGACCAAAACCAGCACAUUCGUGAGGCAAUCGAAUAUGUACUAUGUUGCCGAUGCUGGAGAGGAUGGCCAGGCAUCUGGAGCUUAUAUCUUCAGACCAGCAGAUGAUACUCCUAGACCGAUGACUAAAUCAGCUGAGGUUCCUAGAACAACAUUCUUCCGAGGUGCCGUGGUAGACGAGGUCCACCAGAUUAUAUCUCCUUGGUUUUCCCAGGUUUUUAGACAAUACAAGGGGCAGGAACAUGCAGAAGUCGAGUUCACGGUUGGGCCCGUUCCCGUCGAUGGUGAAGGGGGAAAGGAAGUUAUUGCAAGAUUUGACACAUCGAUAAAGAGCGAGAGGAAUGUGUUCACUGAUUCCAACGGUCGAGAUUUCAUCAAACGGGUCCGAAAUCACCGAGAUGAUUGGAACUUGGAGGUGACCCAGCCUGUUGCUGGCAACUACUACCCGAUUAACCUGGGACUUUAUAUAACGGACGGUGCAAAAGACUUCUCAUUGCUGGUGGAUCGUGCUGUGGGAGGUGCCAGUAUUAAAGAUGGGUCCUUGGAGAUCAUGCUUCACAGGAGCCUGGUGAAUGAUGAUGGCAGAGGAGUAGGUGAGGCUUUGAAUGAACGGGUCUGCGUGGGGCAAACUUGUGAAGGUUUGACUGUUAAAGGAAAGUACUACAUUUCAGUCAUGCUCAAGGAGAACGCAUCAGAAUGGCGCCGCAGCUUUGGCCAACGAGUUUAUUCUCCACUUCAGCUUGCUUUCACCGAACAGCUAGGAAACCGGUCAACAUUCUCAGCUCUGACUGGGAAUUUCUCGUUGCCUGCGAACGUUGCGCUACUAACUCUUCAGGAACUUGAAGGAGGAGACGUACUUUUGCGGUUGGGGCAUCUAUAUCAGGCAGGUGAGCAUGCCAAGCACUCCAAAGCUGCAUCAGUCGACUUGAAAAACAUGUUUAAAGACCGCAAGAUCGUAACAGCAACGGAGCUGAACCUGUCAGGCAAUCAACUCAAAUCUGUUUUGAAGAAGAACUCCUGGAGAGUUCAAGACGGCAUAUCAACUUCCUCGAUGGUUGCAAGGGGGAGUACAUUUGAUGCCAACACAAUGAUAGUUGAGCUCGGACCCAUGGAGAUACGCACGUUCCAGCUGGCGUUUUAAGAAAAUUGAGUAUAUUUCUGCCAUUAUUUCGAUCAAGAACCGUCAGGAUUGUAUUUGAUUUUAAAAAUCCAUUUACCGCCAAGGACGUUCUUGCCCAAAGGUAACUCUGUCAAUGUCCAGGUAUGAUUUUUCUCUAAAGAAGAAAAUUCAUCUUUCAUAAAUUCUUUCCAUCUGAUAGAAUCACCAUUAUGUAAGGCAUCUUGAUAAGUAGUAGGUUCUUUGUGAGUCUCACCAUAUGAAAAUAAAGUUCUAUGCUUCUUCCUCUUUUCCAACAGUUGAUCAUGUUUUCGACACGUUUCCUUACUCUUUCCCCCCUUCGAAAGAUAGGAUCGAUGAUGAGGUGAUGCUGCCCCCGAAGCUGUAUGUUCAGGAGGUUGGACAGCCGGGGCCUCAGAUGUAGAGUCUUGAAGUCUGAGUUCACCCAGUAGUUGCUCGAGGUUGCGAACCGUAUCAUCAAGAGGAGUAGAAAAGAGAGGAUUCUCCCGUAGCUUCCAUGUGCGCCUCUGGUAAGUCUGACCAAAACGGGCCGGAUAAGUGGCAGGGACUUCAGCUGUGGGAGGAUGACUCACGAAGUGAGUGGAAGGUGCGGGUGUAACUCCCACUACAGGGGAUGGUGUAACCGGACUGAAGGCUACCACUGCUGGUAGCGUCCUGGUAGUAAUAUUGGCGGGAGGGGAAACCUGCGAACUGGAUCAGUAGAUGAAGCUAAUGGUAAAGGGCGAAAGAGAGUAAAACCUUCUUGCUCAACGGGCGGAACAACUGAUGCCUGCUGAUGGGGAAGGGUAGAUUCCCGAACAGCAAGAGGCAUAAAUCUGACAGAUCUGUUCUAAAGAAUCUUAAGGGAGUCUUUUCGCUGUGACCGAUAUCCUUUGGCUCUAGGAGAAUAACCAAGGAAAACACAUUCUACACUCUUGGGUCAAUCUCACCCAGACGGUCUUUUUCAAUAUGAGCAAAGACAGUACAUCCAAAAACUUGUAAGUGACUUAGAUCAGGCUUCUUCUGUCCAUGCCAAAGUUCGUAAGGCGUUUUGUCAUUGGGUAGAGCGUUAGAUGGAGAUCUGUUCUGGAAGUAAACAGCGGUAUGAAUUGCUUCGCCGCAAUAACCAUGAGAAAGACCAAAAUGUGUCAACAUAGCUACACCUGAAUCGAUCAAAGAGCGAUUCUUCCGUUCAGCUACUCGUUUUGUUCGGGAGUAUCAGGAAUAGAAAACUGACGUUGAAUACCAUGAAGCAUACAAAAUUCAGUAAAAGCUUGAGAUUUGUAUGCGCUUGUUCAGGUAAUUUUCAGUCAUCAAUCUAAAUUACUGAAACUUGGCAAAGGCUUCAAACUUCUUUUGUAGCAAAUACACAUGCGCAUAUCGUGAAACGUCAUCAAUAAAUGUUAUGAAAUAUUUACAUCCAGAGAAUGUUUGAGUUCUCUGAGGGCCACAUAUAUCUGUGUGCACUAGACCAAGAAGGUCUAUAGCGCGAGUGCUUCCUUGGCUUGGGAAUUAGCUCUGGUAGACUUCCCUAGAGCAUAUGAAGUGCAAAAAGGGAGAAUUCAAAAAGAACACCUAUCUAGCUUUUGCAUCAUAUGAUGUUUCAAUUGUUGAAUCCUUGGAAGAAGACUCAUAUGGUCGAGCUUUACAUGCCAUUGAUAGGUGUUCAACUCCUCAGUGAUAGAGCCGAACAACUAACAUUGACAGAAUUGGAGCAUGUAUUUGAAGAAGUUGUGCCCAGUUUGAAAAGUUUGUAAGAAUUGAUAAAGUAGUAAAUAAUAUGGUUCAUCUUGUCUUUCAAGAUGCAUUGAUUA